GGUACAAAUUUAUUUCACCUCGAAUAAUUGCACCUGAAAUGGCCAAUCGUAUUGGAAUUUCUUCAAAUCAGAUGCAAGAUUAUUUAGAAAAAAUGUUUAUUUAUUCUGUUAAUGGAUUAACUCGAAAAUUGGAAGCGAAUUUAAUGGAAAAAUUUCGUCAUCAAAUUCCUAUUUCCAAAUUACCUACAAUUAAUAAUAUCGGUAGAAUCGAGAAAGAAUAUAUUAAACGUAAAUCUGGAACAACUGUUGAAGAUUUAUUAUCACAAUUUGGACAUACAUUUUUCGGUUCAACCCUUUUAAAUGUUUAUUAUGGAAGAGAAAGAGAUGAUGAAGCAGGAAGUAACACCAAUCUUAAUCACACUAAUAAUGGAUUUCGAUAUGAUUUGGCACAGUCAAUACAUCAUUUAAUUCAUUCAAAAUUUCGAACUUCUCAAAAUUCGUUUAGUAUAGAUAAUAAUAAUUAUUAUUAUUCAUCAUCAUCAACCACCGAAAGAAAAUCCGAAAGAAUAUCAACUUUAUCUUCAAAUUUUUCUAUAAAUGCAUCAACUAUCGUAACUUCACCUCAAUUACUUGCAUCAUUAUCAAAUAAUAUUGAUGAUGAUGAAAUCACUGUGAUUAUAAAUGAUGAUAUGACAUUAAACGUCACAAAUUCCAAUGAAAUUAUAGAGAUGAAUACUAUCAAUAAUAACAGAAAUGAUACCAAAAAUUCUGAACAAUUUCAAGAAAAACGGUGUUUUGGUGGUUUUAACGAUGGAAAUGAUAUUUCUAAUAAAAUGUUACCACUUGAUGAGAAUAUUUCUCCGAUUGAAAUUUUAACUUUGCAAAAGUUAAAUAAAGAUUUAUUAGAUUCAAAAGGAAUACAAGAUUCUCUAAAAGAAAUACAACGUGAUGUAGAAAAAUUUUCGAAUUUGCAACAAUCAGCAAAAUAUUAUGAAUUAGCUGAUGAAAUAGAUGAAUUGGGUGUCGGUUUAUGGAAUUCAUCAAUUGCAUUAAGAUCAAGUUGUUUAUCUAAUGGAAUGACAACUUAUAAUGAAUUAAUAGCAUCACUUCGACAAACAGGAUUUUAUAUGAUCCAAGCUGGAGCUGGAGCGAAUUCCGUUACUGAAUCAAAAACUGCAGUAAAAUUACUUAUAUUAGUUAAUAAAGUUGGUAAGGCAUGGUUAGAUUGUGGAAGAAGUGAUAAAGCUGAUGAAAUUUUGCGAUCAAUUACUUCGAAUUCUACUCACGAUGAAUCUAAUAUUGAACUCGCAGAAAAUGUCAUAAAUCUAUGUUUAGAGGAAAAUCCAGUUGAUGUAUUAGCAUGUUCAAUAAAACUCAAGAUAAUGAAACAAAGAAAUAUAAAUAAAAUACAAUUUGAAGAAGUGUAUAUAAAAUUAAUGCGAACAGCUCAAAUUACAAAAGAGAAUUUGAAAGUGUUGUUAAAUGUCGCUCACGUAGCGGGUGAUAUAGAUGUGAUGAUGGCACUUAGAGGGAUGGAUAUUUUAAUAGAAGAAAAACUUUCGGACAUAAGAAAUAUCGAUUAUAUAGAAAAGGCGAUUGUCACGAAAUUUCAUAUCUUGGUUAAUAUUGAAUCAUCAGGAAAUUUUGAAUUAAAUGAUGCUAUAAGAAGUAUUGAAGUAACGUUGGGAUUUGAACAACGAUACGGAAUCUUAAUUGGACAUAAGACAAAGAUGGCUUGCCAGCUGAAUUUAAAAUAUGGUCUCGCAAGAAAAUGGUUUUUGUUAGCGUAUAAAUGGAUGGCUUCAGGUCAAGUCGAUGGCCAUAAUGCUGCAAUUUUACAAAGAAAAAUUGCACUAUGUUAUCUUGAAGAACAUUUACUUGCAGAUGCAAUUGAAGCUAUUCAUCAAGCUCAAACACAUGAAUCAAAUUCUGCUGCAAAUUUUUAUGUAUUAUUUCACAUCGCAAUUGAAAGACGACAGAUUGAACAAGCAAUUCAACAUUUACACGAAACGUGUAAUGGAGAAGGAUUUCAUGGAAGUAUGCUUGCAAUGGUCGCUAAUGAAGCUUAUCGAAAAGGUCAAAAGAUAAUUCUCAUUGAAGCAUUAAAGGAAAUUUUAACUAAACAUAGAAAUGGUGACGAUAUGGCUCACGUUGAUAUAUUUAUUUUACUUAGAUGUUUAAUACGAAUGACUAAUAGUUCGCUUUCUAAAAAUGAAUCAACAGAAAGAACCUCGCUUAUGGAUUGUAUAUGUGGAUAUUUUGAACUUGCAUCGAAUUUAAUCGAAUCAUAUGGUGAAAAUACCAUUGUUCAUUAUGAAAACGAAGGUCACGUAAAGAAAAAUAAUAAAAUAUCUUUGAAAGAUCUUGAAUGGUUUUUCAAGAUGGCAUGGAAUAUAGCUCUAGAAUUUUGUCAACAUGAAGAAGGAGGUAGUGACUUAUUAGCUAUUCGAUUAUUUGAUGUUGCUUACAAGUUUCUUGGUAAUUAUCCUGAAGAAACAAUAGAAAAUAUUAAUAGAAAAAAGUUAUGCCUUUUUGCUUCUUUAUGUGGAAAAUUAUUCCUUUCUCGGGAACAAGAAUCAAUACUUCAAAAGAGAGACAUAUUACAACAAGUUUUAGAUAAUGUUAAUAAUUAUAAGAAAUUGAAAAAAGUCUUGGGCAAACGAAAACGAGAUGAUGAUAAUAUUCUUGAAAAUCAAAGUUCGACGACACAAAGUGAUAUGAUAUUAAUGAUUUUAUUCGAAUUUGAAGCAAAAGUUAAAUUGGGUCUUUGGGACGAAUUAUUAAAAGCAGCUGAAGCAUAUGAUUUUGAAGUACCGUCAAAAAUAUUUGAACGUAUGGCAGAAUUAUUAAUUAAUGAAAACGAAUGUCCAAGUACAGUUAUAUUUUCAACGAUACAGAUUCUAUUAAAUUCAAUAAUGAAACGUAAACAAGUAGAUUUUGAACAAUUCUCGAGAUGGUUUCGAUUGUUAAUAAUAACUGUCAUGAUUAAAAAUAAAUCUAUGGCAUCACAAUAUUUCGAUCAGGCAUUAGAUAUUUUAAGUCAAGAAUGUUCAAAGGGAAAAUAUCCUGAAGAAGAAAUUCAAUGGUUAAUGGUAAAUGCAUGGAAUAGUGGAAUUGAUUAUUAUUCAGCUAAUGAUUUUAUUAAUUCAAAGAAAUGGUGUGAAACAGCAAUUUUAUUUUGCAAGUUUCUUGAUAAUGGAUUACUUUAUGAAGAAGAGAACUGUGAUACAAGUUUGAUAGAUGAGAUUUAA